AGAAGAUAUGAAUGAGGGAUAAUUCGGAGACGAAGCUUUGAACAUUAAGUAAUCAAAUAAUUUCCUUCAAAAACUGUGAAACUAUGUCAAAUAAUUUCCUUCAAAAACUGUGAAACUACGUAAAAUAUGCCGUUUAUUCAAAUGAUCUAUGAGUAUGUAAUUUUGUAUGGUUCUUUUUCACUCUUCUGAUUAAAUAAAUUAGGAUUUAUGAUUAAAAAGGAUUUUUUGCAUAAUACGCUCUACAAUAAUAUACACACUAUCCAUUGGACCCACUUGUCCAUGAUGCAUUCCUUUUCUAUUUCUCCAACAUUAUAAAACACUCCUAACCCGUCCUCUUGCUUUAAACCAACUUCUUCCCACAAAUAAAAUUAAGUAUACGAACUCUUUCAUAUUCAUCUCUUACUCUUAGAAACCAAAUACAUCAAUGAUUCCGGCGGAAAUCACCGGAUAUUAUCAAUAUUAUCGCCGGAAAACUUAGGAACUCCCGACGGAAUUCAACAUAAUAAAUAUGCCCUCAUCUCCAACAUCUUCCUCUUCCUUAACAUACUUAAAUGAUCUCAUCAACAACAACUACUCAUCAUCAUCCAUCCGUCAAGAUCUCAUGAUGGGCAACAACUCAACUUCCGAUGAAGAUCAUCAGCAUCAUCAUCAUCAGAGCAUCAUCAUAGUCGACGAGAGGAAACAGAGGAGGAUGCUUUCAAACAGAGAAUCCGCUAGGAGGUCGAGGAUGAGGAAACAGAGACAUCUUGAUGAACUCUGGUCUCAGGUGAUAAGGCUUCGCAACGAGAACAACUGUCUUAUUGAUAAGCUGAACCGUGUAUCGGAGACUCAAGAUAGCGUAUUGAAGGAGAAUUCUAAACUCAAAGAAGAAGCUUCUGAACUCCGACAACUUGUAUGUGAACUAAAAUCUAACAAGAACAGCGACGAUGACAACAACUUUGUAAGAAAGUUAUCGGAAUGAGAUUGUGGUUUCUUUGUAUCAACAGAAAAGAUCAAUGGGGUUUUGGGUUUUGGUUCUUUCUCGAAUAUAAAGUUGGUGAUAAUCAUAUAUUAGUAUAUUAUAUUGUAUGCAUACUAUAUAUAUUGAAGUUAGAUAAUAUAACUUAUAGUUCUUGAGCGA